CCAAGAUUCAAGAGCCAAGAUCCUAGGCGGAAAUUGUCAUAAGGUUCUGUGGUCUCCUCCAGCCGACGGGUAAUUGCCUUUAAUUGCAUACCUGGCCAAAAAUUGCAGCUAAGACACUGACCUAGACUCGCUCUGGAUCGAAUUUGUAAUAAGCUCCGGCUAACGGAAAACUCAAAAUGGAAAAUUGAUUUCCCAGCGAUGAAGUUCAAUGUUCAGCGUUUCGCGAUUUGUAAGCUGCAGAUAGAGCGGGGCGGGGAUUGUGGAUUGUCAACAGGAAGCUCUCCAGGUUGCAACUUCGGGGAACAAGAACAACGUGAGCUAAUUGACAGACAGCUACACAGGCACGAUUUUCCAUUUUCCGCUGGCCAUUUCCCGCGGGUUUUAAGCCCCUUACCCCGCCCCCCGUAAAGUGGCGAACAAGGAGCCAUAAAAUAGGAGAAACACAGCAGCAGCUGCAACAACACUUGCGUGUCCAUCAUUAGAACGAAUUCUCUCACCUGAGCCCCGCGCCCACUUUCCGCCUUUUCUUGUAACGCAAUUUGCACACAAAUGCUGCUGUUUCAUCUUCGUGGCUUUGGCUCUUUUUGGUGGGUGGUCAGGUGAGACAAGCAGCACCACUAGCUCCACUAGCACCACCAUAUGACGCCGCACGAACCGCUCGCUGAGCCGCCUGAGAAUCGUAUUUAAAUACGAAGGUCUAACGCUGGAUCGCAUCAGUCGUCGCCGUCGCGUUGUUCUAGCCGCUAGCUCCUCUCGAAGAUCGCAAACCAAGUCGGAGUUUAAGUCGGGAUCCAAGCUCGGAUUGGGAGACGAUCAAAGCGAAUCGAAUCGAAUUGAAUCGGAACUGUUGGGGGAAUAGAAGUUUAUGUGGUGACUGUGCACCUGGAACAGGAUGCCCGUUUGAUACUUGUUUCAUCUCUUGAUUGGAUUAAAACGAAUGCGAUUUGAAUGAUGCUGCAUCUGCAUCGGCACGCGAAUUCCCUCUUGUUUCUCUGCGCAGUUUUGGGAUACUUUGCGGAUCCUGCAAGAGCCGAAAUCGAGUACAAUACCAUCAACGAGGAUGGAUCUUUCCAGUUUCGACAUGCAAAUGAUGACAUUGGCGGCUACUAUCACAGCGCCUCGGGCACUCCGGACAACACGGUGCGAGGUCGCUACGGUUCGCGGAGUCCGGCGAGCGGGCAGAUCGAGGAGACGGUCUACACGGCCGGACCACGUGGAUUUCGCGUGAACGGACCGAAAAUCCAUCGGAAAAUGGACCUGGCCCAGUAUCCGGUACUGCCGCGGGGAAGUCCGGACGAUCCGCUGGCCGAUCCCUUCGACGAUCCAUCCUACAGCUUUAGUUUUCGCACUCCGGAUCAGUCGCGCAGCGAGGAGAAUGAUUCGGGAAAUAGGAUAAGAGGUCUGUACUCCUAUUUGGACGACGUGGGCGAGCGGCACAGUGUCCGGUAUGCAGCUGGAGCCGGAACCGGAUUCGAGAUCUCCAACGCUGUGCCGGACAGCCCAUCCGUUGUGGCGUACUCCAGUCCUCUGUACAAGUCCCAUCCCAAAGCACGCGGCAAGAUGUCUGUGCAAAGGGGGCCGGCUGGAAGCUAUAAGCUGAUCGCCUCCGGAUCGGAUCACCGACGGGCAGAAAGUCGAGCACCCGAUGGCCUGGUGCGGGGAACCUACUCCUUCCUGGACGACAAGGGCGUACAGCGCACUGUGGAGUAUAUAGCUGGAGCAGGAAUUGGCUACCGGGUGGUGCAAAAUCGGAUUGGUCCUGGAACCCAUAACAAUCCCUCUGUGGCUGAUUUUCGUUUGACAGAUCCAGAUUUUCGACUGGCUAAUGAUUUUGGCAGGGGUGCAGGUGGUGGCUUAGGUCCAAAAGGAGGUAGUGGUGGAUCAGGCGGUGGAAGUGGUUCGGUAGGAGCUUCGGGUCCAAGUGGUGGUGCAGGAGGAGCGGGAAGGGGCCGUACUCCAAGCAGACCAGGAGGAAAAGAUUAUCUAAAGCCGGCUGAUGGAGCAAGAGAUCGGAAUCGCGGAGAUAGUGAUGCUGGGGCAGCUGAUGAAAAUCUGGGAGCCCAUGCUGAUGACCAAGGGGAUGACAUUGGGCUAGGCAACAGCUUCUCUGGUUCCACCAACUUCAAUGGCAAAGAAGACCGAAGAGGGUUCCCCGCUGGGAGUCCACAACGGGGCACUACUAGAUACGAUGCCGGAGGCGAUAGCUCUCAGAGAGGGGGUUCAGGUAGCUCCACCAGGAACAAUGCUAGUGGGUCCCGAAACAGAAACCGAUUCGGCGGCGGUGGUGGAGGUAGUGCCUCCUCUGAACGGGGAGCAGGAAGGGGAGGUGCUGCCGGUGGGGGAAGCAGUCGCCGAGGUGGUGGAGCUGGAGCCUCCAGCGAAGGCGACUCCGGCCUUGGCUACCUGCCGCCCACAGGUGGAUCGGGCACCAGUGCCAUGAGCGGACCCGGGGACAAUUACCACCUCAACGACGACGAUGUGGGCAGUUCACUGCCUCCUCUGGUCACCGCCAACCACCGAAUUCUAGAGAUCGACAGGGAUCGGGAGUGGGUGCAGCGACAUCGCGACUCCACCGUCAUCAAGAACGUGGGUAAAUGGUACGUGGGCCUGCCGCCUGGUCAAAGUGUGCGUGCCCAUGUCCAGAACAUCGACAUAAUACCUUUGGGCGGAAGGAUCGGUCUCUCGCCGUCGGAGGCACUGCGUCAGGAUGAGAUCGCCGAGCUGAAUGCCUCAAGGGAGCACUAAGCACCCAUUGGAUCUGUAGUUUGUAGUGCGUAGCUCUAAGUGAUCAGUGUUGAGUAACCGAAACUGGGUUGACUCCGCAUGGAAACUAAAACAGUAUUUAAAGCGGAAUACAUUUUUGCCUGUAUCUGUA